CAUUGUUAUAUGAGCUAAACUUAGAUUGAACUAGGUCAAAGAACCAAAUUUUUAUCGAUCAUAUUGCUACCAAAGUAAACAGGGGCGGUAGCUAUCAGUGAGUCAUACGUUAACGACGAGGACUGCAGCUUUAAGUUUGCAACGUUAAGGAAAGAAAACAGAAGACUUUGUUUCAGAUAAUCUAUUGCAAAUCGUAAUGGGAACUUAUUAUGGCAAAGACGUCGAAGAAAGAGCUAUCAAAAUAUUUAAGUUCACAUCUAGACCAGCUCGGCUUCGACCGCAGAAGAAUCCGGGAAAGGAUCCAUGCCAGCAACAGAAGUUCCAGGGCAAAAGACAUUUCAACUAAAAGAAUCCUUCAAACAAAUGAAAUCGAGAAGAUAUUUGUUGGCAGUCAACGUGAGGGCAUUGGACUAGAAUACUUCAAUGACCUUGAUGUCCUACAGAUAAAUCAUGGAAUCAUAUGUGUAAAGGACAUACGGAAUAUUGAGGUAAAGAACAAACUUGUUUUCCGAAUGGUACAAAAUAAAGCCCCAGCAGGGUAUACAUUCCUUAAGCUUCACAGCAAAGAAGCCUCUUCUGAACAGUUCGAAAAUAUAAAAUAUGCUCUUGUAAAAGGGAGAGCAGGAAGGUUUCUCUCAAGUCAGUUGUUCAUGACCAAAAAUGAUGACGUAUUUCAAAUGGGUGAUGGAUUUAUCAGCAAAAAUACUCACUAUAAAUCUCCACAAGGACCAUCAAUUCCAAAGUACGUCGAAAACGAUAUCCUGAAAAACUAUCUAUCCCAAUUUAAUUUGAAACGCACAGAAAUGGAUUUUGUUCGUGCUUUUCCGUGCGAGGCUAGCGCACUUCUACAGGCAUGGAAAAAGAGAGAAAGAAGGUUUGGAUGGCCGAGUCAAAAGACUAUAGCGUAUGUGAUGACAUUGCCGUCAUACGUAGUGCCUGUUGGUCAGAAAGGUAGUAUCAGUAAAUAUCUACAGUGGAGAAUCAGUUUUACCAUGGCAGAAACCCACUUAGUCCAAUCCUUCAACAACACUCAAACAAAGGUGUUUGUGUUGAUGAAGCUGAUUGCAAAGUACAUAUUGCAGCCUGUAUGCAAAGACAUCUCUUCAUACGUCGUGAAAAUGAUAAUGCUUUGGCUUGCUGAAAAGACUUCACAGAAAAAAUUCAGAAGAAAACAUCUAAUUGCAAGACUAAAUGAUGCUCUUAUAUAUCUUAAAACUGCUAUUGAAAGAAAAUGCCUUCCAAGUUUCAUGAUCCCGAAAAUGAACCUUUUUACAAACAAAUUACAAAAGCAACAGCAAAAAAGGACAAUUGAAAAACUUAACUUUUUGUUAGACAAUGGCUGCAAAAUGAUCACGGACUAUUUUGGCGACAAACAUGCUAACGAAAAUGAAAUUGACAUCAUCUAUAAGAUAAUGUACGCAGCAAAUCAUAUGGACAAGAUACACACAUGUCGUACGGCCUUACUCACAACUCAGCAACUUGCAGACUACUUCUGGAGAAUUUUUUUCUUAUCCGCUAGAUGGCAGAUAAUUACCUAUAACAUUUUAUUUCACAUGGGUCCUUUUUUCUUCACCUAUGGCAAACGUGGCUUUUCCGAUCCCUUGAGUUUUGACCUCUCGCACCACUUUGCAGAAAGUGAGAAAAAGGAACAUACAGCACUUAAACGAGAAAUGAUGUUACGAAAAUGUAGCAGCAAAGGCCAACAGACUGUAUCAAAGCAACGAGUGCCCAGUCCCGAAUGGAAUCUGAACACCUAUGUUGAGGAAAACAUUGGAUUACCAUUUGAAAAACUAAUGUGUCUGUUGCUCUACUUUGCAGUUUGUGUGAUAGUCCUACCAACACAAAUAAAAUUAUUCCUGACACGACUUGUUAGAGCCACAGAUUCAGAUGGUGUCAUCAGUGAAGCAAGUGGGGACAGUUAUUUCUGAAGGAUCUUCUGUAAAACAGCAGUGAAGUGACAUAAUUGAGGUCAUCCUCUACUCCACCUAUACCGAAGCAAUCUGCAGUGUUAGCGGUUACUUACAAUCAUGUUUAUUGUUAUUCUUGUUUGCACAAUGUAUUAUCAAAAGUGUAUCAUUCUCAGUUGUGAACUAUUUUGUAAGAAGGGCCUGAAAGUUUUAUCAACUAUCACAAUAAUACCUGGUAUCAUCCAAUCCAGACAGCCGUGUUUCAUGGUUUGUACCAGAAGUAAAUCAGAGAAUAAUUUCCUAGAAAAGAACGUUUGUUGUUUUUUAUGUUGUUUUUUUUUUUUUUUUUUUUUUUUUUGACAGAACAAGCCAGCUGGACUAGCUUUUGUUUAUAUUUUUAUUCUUUGUACCUACAUUGUCAUACAUAUUUUAUAGUCUUUUAAUCUCCAAAAGUUCGAAGAAACUUUGUACAGUAAAAAAUAAAAUGUGGAAGUAUAA